GACAGCUUUCUUCAUCUUCUAGAACGUCAUUUUUCACUUCCCCAACUUUCCUGCUGCACCGUUUCACUUCAUUUCUUCAGAAAAUCGUUUGAUUCAUUUGCGGAGGAGGAGGCCUCACAAACUUGACAUUUUCAGUGGCACAUGGACCUCCGGCCGAGGCGAGGACGAACGUUUACUGGAUUCACCGAGGCAGAGGUGAAAAGGAUGGAGCAAUUGCUCGUUGAACCUAAAGAAAAGUUGCUGGAAAAGCCAUUUUGCAAAAGAUUGACAAGAGAUUUCAACCGUACCAGUGCCCGUGCCGGAAAAUCUGUUGUUAAGUGGACUGAGGUACGAAAGUGGUUCGAGAAGAACAAACAAGAUCCCAUUAACGACACUUCAACGGACGCACCUAUUAACGACACUUCAAUGGAUGCACCUAUUAACGACACUUCAACGGAUGCACCUAUUAAAGACACUUCAACGGAUACAGUUAUCAACGACACUUCAACUGAUGCAGAUAUUAAAGACACUUCGACGGAUGCAGCUAUUAAAGACACUUCGACGGAUGCAGCUAUUCACGACACUUCAACGGAUGCAGCUAAUGCAGUCUCGGCUCUGUCUCUUAACAAAGCAAAGGAUCAUACAGAAUUACCUUAUGACAAGUUGGGAAAUGAUUUAUCCAUGCUGGAAUUUGAAGCUAAAUCAUCGAAGGAUGGAGCAUGGUACGACGUCGAAGCUUUGCUUUCCCAUAGGUUUCGCAGCUCCGGUGAAAUAGAAGUUUGUGUUCGAUAUGUUGGCUUGUGUCCCGAGGAAAACGAGUGGGUGAAUGCUAAGGAUUCGCUACGAGAAAGAUCUGUUGCUUUGGAUCACUCGGAAUGCCGGAAAGUGAAAGUCGGGGAUCUCGUGGUGUGCUUCCAGGAGAAACAAGACGAAGCAAGAUAUUACGACGCACGUGUUUUGGAGAUUCAAAGGAGAUGGCACGAUAUUAGGGGCUGCAGAUGUCUUUUCCUGGUCAGGUAUCUGCACGAUGAUUCCGAGGAGCGUGUGAGAUUGAGGAGAAUUUGCUGCCGGCCUGAAAUGCUUGUCUGAGUCGAAGGCUUCAAGCCAUAUGCUUAGUUCGACUGUAGAAUCGACCUGAUCUUGUCGGGUUAGUCGAAGAGUUUACAUAUGUCUGAAAAUUAUUUUUCGCCGAUUGUGUCUGGUUAUUACAUAAUUUAAAGAGUGUCUGCUACAAAACUUGGCUUACUGUUUAUACUUUUUUCGCCGAAUGCUUUUUUUUUUUCGAAGUUAUCUUUGCUCGGUUAUAACUCCCGAGCGCGCGGCCGCGGUCGAACUAUCGAGGCGUCUAACGCUUUCUUCCUUCCCUAAGGUAUCUAGAAAAGUGUUGAUUAUGUUUACCGUAGUUUCUUGUGGUCGAGAUUUGUUUCGAAAUUAGUAUAUAUUGAUGUAAAUGCAUUGUAUAAAAUUUAUUGCAUAAAAUUAUAUGUACGGGAUUUGUUUCUAAA